AUGAUUUUAUUCAAUUUAAUAAUUAUUUGUUUUGAAGAAAAUAAUUGUAUGAUGAAUGGAGGAGAAAAUAAUAAAGGGAAGGAAAUCGAAUCCUCAAAUGGAGGAACGGAAAAUGAAAUAGGAGGAUCGAGUGAACAAUCAAGCGAUCAUACAAAAAUUGGUACUUUGUUCAUAAACCACCCCCACCCCUUCUAA